CGCAAAGUGGUUUGGUCGCUUUCCCCUCCGUCUCACCUUUUCUGGGGCAACCUGCCCGGCAAGUGUCAUGGCGUCGCCCGUGCUGUGAGUUACCGGCGGCAGCGGCGGCCAAGAUAGCCAGGCGGAGGCCAUGGGGAGCCGCGUGACGCAGGCGACGCCGCUGCACUUCCCAGACAAGUCCUUGGCCGGUGUGGCGCGGCUGUUGGAUGACCUGCACCGGCUGAUGGAGGACCGGGACUCGGCCGAUGUCGUCUUCCUCGUCGGCCGAGAGGAGGCGCCCGUCUACGCACACUGCCUUAUUCUGCGCGCAAGGUGCAGCAACUUCCAAAACGUGAAACGAGGCGAGGUCUGCAAAGUACCGGGCUCCACAGUGACGCCAGCUCCUCCGGGCAGCCCUACGCCCAUUCGGCUGCCGCAUGCCAAGCCUGACGUCUUCCAAAAUGUCCUUCUCUACGUCUACAUGGGCAAGAUCCACCUGCAGGACAGUACAGUGUUCGAAGCGCUGGCGCUCGCGCAUGAACUGGGAAUUGAAGAGUUGCGGCAAAGUUGUGAGGAUCACGUGACCAGCACCAUGUCCAUACACAAUGCGUGCACGUUCUUGGCUUCCGCUUUGGCUAUGGAAGACAGGGUUUCUAGCUCAGGUACAAAAGGGGGCAAGUCAUUCGUGGACAGGUGUACGGCGUUCGUGGGCGAAAACGCGAUGGAGUGCGUCAAGACGAGUGCGUUUUUUAACCUCCCCAAGGACGCUCUUAUCCACCUCGUGUCAUCGGACUACUUGGCAAUGGAAGAGGAGGACGUCUGGCGAGCAGUGUUGUCAUGGGCGAAGCACCAUGCCGGAGUCACUCAGCCGACUGCGCACUGGACAGAAGAAGAAAGAGCUAGGAUUUGCCAGCAACUUCUGGGAGUCAUCAACCAUGUGCGGCUGUUGCUUAUUGACAGUCAAGUGUUCGCCGAAGAAGUUGAACCGACCGGUGCUGUUCCAAUGGAAUUGACACUGGAAAGGUACCGGUACGCAGCACUGCCGAGUAAGUUCACGCACUUGGAGGAGAGGCACCUUCAGCCGCGCACCUCGCUGCGGCUCUUCCAGGGCUCGCAGCUGCUUACGGGACCCAAGCUGCGGCUACAACAAGUGCUGAAUGCCUGGUAUGGCGUACCGAAGCAGCUCUGGCGGCUCCUCUACCGGGCCUCCAACCAUGGCUACUCGGCCGAGUCAUUUCACCAUUUGUGCGACGGACACAGCCCUACCUUUGUCAUCGCCCUGGGUUCUCAGGGACAGCUGUGCGGUGGCUUCAGCGACGUGCCUUGGGGCAAGACGGGAGGCCGCGGUCGCUACAUUCCCUCAGAGAAAGCAUUCCUUUUCACGCUCAUCAACAACGCGGACCUGCCGCCCACUAAGUUCGACAUCGUCAAGAAGAUGUUCGCUAUCUCCCACCAUCCCGAGUACGGGCCAAUUUUCGGGGCUGGCGCGGACCUGAGCAUCUCCAAUCAUUGCAACGCCAACAUGGAGAGUUACUCGAACCUACCGCACUCUUACGACGGCGAAGGCGCAUCGUGCACCCUGCUCAUGGGCGACUACAACUUUACCGUGCUGGACUACGAGGUCUUCACGACGGUUGGAAAGUGAUACAAGCUGCGAUCGAUAGUUCCUUAAACCUUUCACUUUUUUCUUUCCUUGUACAUUCUGCUAAACCGAACCUGUUUUAUACUCAUUUUACACUCGUUGCGAUGGCCACUUACCUUUUUUUUUUUUUUUUCGUGUGCGAUGUGCCCAAUUCUUGAGGCUCAUUUACAAGCCUUACCGAGACUGGACGAAUAAACAUGCACGGUUUUGA